AUGGCAGCCAACCGGGACGCCGGUAUUGAUCGAAAGGAGAUGGAUCUGGUUCUGCCUUUUGUGUGGAAAUGCCGGCCCUUUACCGGCCGCUGUUGCCAGCGCUGCUCCCCAAAGAGCUGGCAAUCCCUUUUCCAUAAACACCUGCCAUCUUUGGGGUUUUGCAACGUUAUCAAGAUAACAGAAGAAAACACCCGAUACAGAGGCUGGCUGGUCAGGCGGCUUUGCUAUGUCCUUGUGGUCAGCGGCUGGACAUUCGGGACUGAUGUCCCCAGCGACCUCCAGGACACAAUCUUCGCCAGCAAGAGGGUGCAAGAUGUCGUGCACCAGGCGGUGCCGUGGGGCGAAGGAGAUGCUCCUCCAGCCAAGGAUCUGUUUGCAUCGCAGUGGAUCCAAGAGAUUCGCAGGAUACUGGGCCAGAUCCAGGCCUCCUUGUCUCCUUUUCUGCUGAGGCUGUGCCACUGGGCUCUCUUCCAGCUCCUCAACAGGAUCUUCCUUAGCGUUAUCAUCCAUAAAGGGCAGGUGGAAAUGGUGCGCAGAGCGGCACAGGUGCCUGAUGUCCCCACGGUGUUCCUGUCGACACAUAAAUCUCACCUGGAUGAACUUCUGCUUCCAUUCCUCCUGGUUUCUCAGGGCCUUGCCUUGCCUAGGGUUGCGGGGGAUUACAAGACGUUCACUCCAAAAUACAGGGCGCUGCUGGCUCACUUAGGAGGAGUAUUUCUCCCUGAAGAAAUGGAUCAGAUGCAAGACAGCAAGCAGCAAACACUCUCCAAAGCUGUGUUAGCUUCAUAUGUGGAUGAGUUGCUUAGGCGCAAGCAGCCGCUGCUGAUCUUCUUGGAAGAGGUCUCCGCCGGGCCCUCACAGCUCUCGGCUGCUGGACAAAUGUGGCUACGACUUGUGGUCAACGCCUUCCACGCUGGCAUCGUCCCUGACAUCAUGGUGGUCCCCGUUGGGGUCUCCUUUGACGUGGCGCCUACCUUGGUUUCCAUUGAUCAAGGGGGUCCUGCAAGGGCCAUCGGUCUUUGGACAACCCUCUGGACUGUCUGUCGAGCGCUUUGUCGGCGCCUGGGCUGCGUCCGCAUUGAUUUCGCCCAGCCACUUUCUUUGCAGGAGUAUGUUUCCAACUACUUCUCUGGACGGAGCUGCCAAGAAAGGGGUUUGGAGGAACUUCUCUUACCAGAAAUCCUGGGCAAAAGCGCCAGCAUUCUGGAUGGUAAGAAACCGCAGCAUCGACCAACCAGCUUCCAGAGUUUCAGAGCGAUGGAGACCAAGCAAGACCUCUUGAUCGACAACUUGAGCCGGCACUCAUUAAUCGCCGGUCUCUCUUGUUCUGCCAUUAUGGCGGUGGAGGUCAUGGCCGCCCUUCUGUUUCACAAACACCAAGAGGGUGUCUUGCUCUCUCGGCUGAUGCGUGACUUUGCCUGCCUGACGGAGGAGAUCCUGCUGCGCCAAGGGGACCUGGGCUUCUCUGGCCAGGUGCGCCACGUGGUGUGCCAUGCCCUGCACCUACUGCGCCCCUGCACCACCUUCUACCUCCUCUCCGGCCGUGAUGCCCUGGUGGCCCCCAAGAAGACCCCAGCCGCCCAGAAGGAGCUCAGCCGCCACAGCACUACCCUCCUGUCCCUCUUUGCCCAGGAAGCAGCCGCAGCCUGUGCGGUGAACGCUCUGCUGUUGGAGCUGCUGCCUUUCCUUGGGAGCCCAGAGCAGCUUCGGGACGCGGUCCUGGUCCAGGAGGAGCUACAGGCAAAAGCACUCUCCCUGGUCCAGCUGCUGCAGGGGGGGCUCCUCCUCUGCCAGGUAACAGAGACCACCUGUGACAUUCUUGGAGCCAAAGGGAACCCCAAAGGUCAUCUAGUCCAACCCCCUUCAGCCAAGCAGGAAAGUUUGGUGACUGUUUUCUCUGCUUUCUCCCAGCCCUGCCAGUCUCUGGAUUCCUAUUGCCAAGUUGCAAUAGACAAGCUGACUCAAUCUGGGUUGAUAGUCGCGGAGGAGAUGCCCAGCGACCUCUUGCGAUGCGAUGUGGCCCGGAAGCGGAAGCUGCUCUGGAAGCCGGCGGAGGACUUUGGGGACAGCGACAGCGACUUUGAGGAGGAGCCUAGGAAGCAUUACUUCAAGGUCAGCCAAGUGGACAGCAGCUGUGCCCUUUUCGAGUUUCUCUGCAGCCUCCUGAGUCCGGUCCUGAAGACCCUGCAAAGAGCUGCUGCCUUUUUGUGGGAGGUCAAGGAUCCCCAGCCAGAGAAGCAAUGCCUGGACAAUCUGUAUCAAUUCUUAGUGAAGAAGGCAGAAGAAGACCAUUCUUUUGAAUGUGCCGAUUGGACCCUGGCAGGUGUCUCUGUCAAAAUCUAUAAAGAACUGGGGGUGUUGAGGGAGGUCCCAGGGCAAGGCGGGACUGUUCUGCUCCUCUCUGAAACCUUUGCUUUCAAAGAGAACCAAGAGAAACUGGAGAAGUUCAUCCACCAAUUCAUCUACAACUAAGCUCCUAAAUGGAACAAUGGAAUGUGAUAAUUUCUACCACUUUCCUAGUUUUGUUAAUAGUUGACAGUUGGAAA